GCUCUUUCCGGACUGGCAGACGGCGGAGAGACAGAACUACCUGCUCAUGGGACUGCUGGUGAUGGUCAUUCUCUCCUUGGUGCUCCUCCAGGUGCUCCAGCGCUGUAUGAACUUAGCAGCCGUCUCUGUGAUCGGCUGCGCCUUCACGCUGGGGACGCAGCUGGUGCUGAUCAUCGAACUGGACGUUUGGCCGUUCUUGGCGGUUUGGUACACCGGCAAGCUCUUUGGCUUCCUGUCCACCCUCGCAUCCGGGCUGAUCAUCACGGAGAUCGCGCCCAAGGCACAGCUGGGUCACUGGAACGGCAUCAAUGAGGCUUGCUCCAACAUCGCCAUGGCCAUCGCGCCUUUGGUCUUUGCAACAGUGUACGACGAGGUGGGCAACGUGAGGGGCCAGGAGAUGUUGGUCUGCACCUCCGUGAUCUCCCUCUUUGCGCUGGGCGCCUACAUCCCACUGGUGUCGAUGAUGCCCAAGAAAGCCAAGGAAGAGCCGGAAGAGAUGAAAGACCUUUCCUACUACGAGGCGCUUUCGGAUGCGAAGUUCAACGAGCUGCCCAUGGAGAUCGUGGAGCUGGUGGCCAGCAAGAUGCUGGAGGCUGGUAAGGAGCCGCGGAUGAUCCACUGGGGAAGCUAUGCCGACGAUCGGCCAAAGCUCACGGACCAUCAGGCCCGGGCCGUGAAGGACUUCGAGUACUACUCACAGGCCUUCGUGCGCCUGCUUUCGAACCGGGAGUUGCUGGCCAAGGAGAAGAAAGAGAUGGCCCUGUUUGCUGCGGCAACGAGCGGUGUGGACCGAGACAGAGCAAAAAACGAGGACUGA